AUGCACCUAUUGCUACUAGCACUAACCCUUGGCCAUGCACCAACUGCAGAGCCUUCUCGCGAAGUCGACGUCGCUAUCAUCGGCGGUGGCCUAUCCGGUCUCUCCACCGCUAAACAGCUCGCAACAGCCAACAAAUCUUUCGUCAUACUAGAAGCACGAGACCGAGUUGGUGGUCGUGUACUCAAUGCUAAUGUCACAGGAAAGGGCGCGCAGGAACUAGGCGCCGCAUACGUCGCACCAACCCAAGACCGCGUCCUUGCUCUGGCAGCCGAACUCGGUCUACCUACCUACAAGACAUACACAGUGGGAAACUCGACCUUCUAUCGAAACGGCACAGCACGCCAUUACCAAGACAGCCUGGGCGGUAUUCCUCCCGUAGGGAUAGGCUCCCUUGUCGAACUUGCAUCCUUCAUGAACGAAAUCAAUACUCUAGCAAGCAAAGUCGAUCUAGAAGCCCCGUGGAAUACCCCGAAUGCCACAGCUCUAGACUCAAUGACCCUAGAAACAUACGUCAAUUCUCGACUGUUCACGUCCGACUCUCGUGCACUCCUCGACGUUGCCAUCCCAGCCAUCCUAUCAACCGAGUUGAAAGAACCGUCUCUGCUAUACUCAUUGUGGUGUAUAGCCGCCGCCGGAAACGAGACAGGGCCUGGGACAAUCAACAGGCUGAUUGGAAUCGACGGAGGCGCACAGGAUAGUCGGGUGAGUGGUGGAACACAAUUACUCGCAACAUUACUCGCGGGGAGACUCGGCUCUCAAAACAUCUACCUCAACACACCCGUUCGCAAAGUCCAGCUCCAAUCUGAAUCCCACUAUCUAGUCUCAUCAGACAACCUCACUAUCUCAGCCCGACAUGUCGUCCUCGCCAUGUCUCCACCUUUGAUAAACCGCAUCACAUUUGAUCCCCUUCUCCCCGCCGGCCGGGAUCAAUUGAACCAGCGCAUGCCUAUGGGCGCACUCGGUAAAGCCAUCGCAGUCUUCCCAGACGCCUGGUGGCGUCGUGAGGGACUCAACGGCGCAGGUGUGAGUGACACCGGCUCUAUCCGGGUGACUUACGACAACUCACCGGCUGACGGAUCAUUCGGGGCGAUGAUGGGGUUCAUCGAGGCGGACGAGAUGCGUAAAUUGGAUUCUGCGAGUGAAGACGAGGUGAAAAGACAGGUCAAGCAGAGUUUUGCUAAUCUUUUUGGUGAUCGUGUGAAUACUGCUACAGAUGUUCUGAUUCAGAGGUGGGAUCUUGAGGAGUUCUCGCGUGGUGGUCCUAGUGCUUUCAUGCCGCCGGGGGUUUUGACGCAGUAUGGGUCGUAUUUGCGGGCUCCGGUUGGGAGGAUCCAUUUUGCUGGGACGGAGACUUCGCUAAGGUGGAUUGGGUAUAUGGAUGGGGCUAUUAGCUCGGGGGAACGGGUUGCUGGGGAGAUAUUGAAGAAUUGGUGA